AUGUUUAACUCACUAUCUAUCUAUCUAUCUAUCUAUCUACUUAGAAAGUGCAGUGAUCAUUUCAAGUCUCUCCUCAUCCCUUUACUCAUAGUAUUUUUUUUUCUUCACUUUUAUUUUUAUUCUUUUUAUUUUCUCUUCUUUCUUUUCUGUUUGGACGCCAUCUUUCUUUUGCUUUUUUUUUUCUUCGUUUCCUUCCGUUGCUUUCUCUUUCACAGAAUUUCUUUUCUUUUUCUUUCUUUUUUUUUUUACCUGUUUUCAUUUUCUUUCUUUGCCUUUAAUUUUUCUUUUUUCUUGCUAUUUUGCAUGAUUUUUUCGUUGUUUUUUCUUUCGAUUUUCUUUUUUUUCUUCUAUACGUUUUGUCUUCAUUUCUUUCGUUUUUUUUCUCUUCUAUUUUUCUCUUCUUUUUCUAUUUUUCUUUUCUUUUCUUGUCUUCUAAUGUUUUAUAGUUUCUUUUUUAUUAUUUGCUAUUUUUUCUUAUUUCCUUGUUUUUCUUUUUGGCUUCUUUUUUAUUUUGUUUUAUUUUUCGUUUCCUUCCCUUUUCUUUAUUUCUUUUUUGUUCCUUUCAUUUUUCAUUUUAUUUAUUUUCAUUUUCUUCCUUUUCUCUUUUUCUGGCCUUUUUUUCAUUUUUUUGUUUUUCAUUCAUUUGUUACCACCAUUUCUUCUCUUUCCUUUUCUUCUUUGAGCCAAACGACUGUUUCCUACUCUCUCUAUUUAUUUAUUUCCCCUCCUAACAAUGUUUCUUUCUCGUUUCUUUCGAGCAGAAUUCUAUCAUUCUUUCUUUCUUCUUCUUUACGCCUUCAACUGCUUUUCUUUUUCCUUUUCGAACUUCACCAAUCUCUGCUUGCGUGCACCCAGUCACAUUCUUUCUUUUCUUUCUUUUUCUUUCUUUCUUUCUUUCUUUCUUUAUGUUGCAAUUCCUUCUUUCUUUCUUACCUGAUUAUUGCAUCAUUCUUUUUUUUCUAUCUCUUUUACUGCUAUAAAGUAUUUCUUCCUCAUUUAUGUUACAAUCACACCACUCUUUUUUUCUUUCGCCCACUAUUUUUUCCUUUCUUUCUUUCUUUCUUUCUUUCUUUCUUUCUUUCUUUCUUUCUUUCUUUUUUGUCACGCCUUUCUUCUUUUCUUUCUUUUUUCUUUUCUUCUUUCUUUCUUUCUUUCUUUCUUUUUUCUUUCUUUAUUGUCUCGUCUUUCUUCAUUUUCUUUCUUUCUUUCUUUCUUUCUUUCUUUCUUUCUUUCUUUCUUGUCACGCCUUUCUUCUUUUCUUUCUUUUUUUUCUUUCUUUAUUGUCUCGUCUUUCUUCAUUUUCUUUCUUUCUUUCUCUCUUUCUUUCUUUCUUGUCACGCCUUUCUUCUUUUCUAUCUUUUUUUCUUUCUUUCUUUUUUCUUUCUUUCUUGUCACGCCUUUCUUCUUUUCUUUCUUUUUUCUUUUCUUCAUUCUUUCUUUCUUUCUUUCUUUUUUUCUUUUCACGCCUUUCUUCUUUACUUUCUUUUUUCUUUCUUUCUUUCUUUCUUUCUUUCUUUCUUUCUUUCUUUCUGUGUUAACUGCUGUGGCAUAUCAAUGAUGAUACUUUCUUUAGUUUUCUGGCAAUGA